AUGCCAUCUUCUGGGAACAGAUCUUUCCAUCCUACAUCUUUUAUCUUACUUGGAAUACCAGGAUUGGAGAAAUCUCAAUUCUGGAUUGCCUUCCCAUUUUGUGCCAUGUAUAUUUUGGCCCUGAUAGGAAAUAUUACCAUUCUACAUGCGGUACGUAUUGACCACACCCUCCAUGAGCCUAUGUAUAUCUUUCUGGCUAUGCUAGCUUUCACUGACUUAGUUUUGUCCUCUUCUACCCUUCCCAAGAUGCUGGGAAUCUUCUGGUUUGGUUCAUGUGAGAUUGAGUAUCAUGCCUGCCUCACUCAAGUCUUUUUCAUUCAUGCCUUCUCUUCUGUGGAGUCAGGUGUUCUCAUGGCGAUGGCCCUGGAUCGUUAUGUGGCCAUCUGUUUCCCACUACGCCAUUCAACUAUUUUAUCCACCUCAGUGGUGGCUAAACUAGGUGUGGCAGUGAUGGUAAGAGGUGUGUUGUGGGUGAGCCCCUUCUGUUUUAUGGUCACCAGGAAGCCCUUUUGCACUAACAGAAUCAUCCCUCAGUCAUAUUGUGAACAUAUGGCUGUACUGAAACUUGUAUGUGCAGACACCAGAGCAAAUCGUAGGUAUGGGCUUUUUGUGGCCUUCUCUGUGGUUGGCUUUGACAUCAUAAUCAUUGCUACAUCCUACAUUAUGAUCCUUCAGGCUGUGUUGCAUUUGCCAUCAGGGGAUGCUAGGAUUAAAGCAUUUGGCACAUGUGCCUCCCAUAUUUGUGUCAUACUGGCCUUUCACAUUCCUGCCCUCUUUACAUUUCUUGCCCAUCGCUUUGGCCAUCAGGUUCCUCAGGUGGUCCACGUACUGUUAGCAAACCUCUACCUUUUGGUGCCCCCCAUGCUCAAUCCCAUCAUCUAUGGUGUAAAGAACAAACAGAUCCGGGAAAGGGUAGUUCGUGUCUUUUGUCAGAAGGUUACCUGA